AUGUUUUCCUUGAGAAGAGUAGCGAGCUGGUUUGUUUUUGAACUUGGGGGUGGGGUGGCAUUUUUCCAUUUCAGACUUGAAGCUGUUGACUGGUAUCAGCUGCAAAGGAAAGGAGAUAUCCGAAACAUCCUGCUCCAAAAAAUGAGUGAGCCAUCAGAUAAACAGAGUGAACCAUCAGCUCAACAGAGUUCCCUGCAUGAGAACAAAGCAGAUGAGAAUUCUCCUGAGAAAAGCUCUCAAAUCAGGCAGAAGCAAUCGCAAAUUCAGCCACAGUUAAAAAACCUGUCAUUUGAAAACCCUGGACCGAAGAUGACCGACUUUGAUCUUGUACCCAGAAAACUGAAAAAGAAAGCAAAGAUGUCAAAGAAGAAUGAGGAUUUUCCUGAGAAAAACGAACCCGAGAGGAAAUAUGACGAGAAUGGCAAGCUGAUCAGCAGUGGCCUAGACCUGUGUGAUUGUCUGGAUAAGAACUGCGUGGGCUGCUUCUACCCCUGCCCCAAGUGCAACUCCAGGAAGUGUGGGCCCGAGUGCCGCAACAACCGGUGCUGGGUAUAUGAUGACAUAGUUGAUGAGUCCGGGGAUGUCGUCAGUACCCUGCCAUUCAGUGACCGAGAGUAG